AGAGAUUGGAGAUAAUUUUAAACCUAUAUAAAGGAAAACAACAAUCAUGAAUUUGUCAAAAUGAAGUUGUUCAUCUUUUGUUUGUGUGUGGCCACAAUUUGGGCUGUGCCCCUCGUUUCAGAGAGAAAAGCAAUUCCAAUUAAAAAACACUUCGGUGGUCGCAUAAUUGGUGGUGAUGUUGCCCAAGAUGGGCAAUUUCCAUGGCAAGUAGCUGUGUAUUUUGACACCAGUAACGGCUCAUUUUUCUGUGGGGGGGCUUUAAUUGAUACCAAAUGGGUCCUAACGGCCGGACAUUGCGUCUAUCACGCAACAGCAUUCACACUUCAUCUGGGGUCAAACACCUUGGUUGAUGCUGACCCAAAUAGAGUGACUUUAGGGGCGAGUCAUUCGGUAGCUCACCCAGAUUAUAAACCUUCAGAUUUGGAGAACGACAUUGGACUUAUCAGAAUUGACACAGCAUACGAAACCAAUGAUCAUAUUCAAGUCAUUCCUCUUGCUACAAGUGACAUAGGGGGCGCUGAACCGGUUACAGUGAGUGGAUGGGGGGCUUCUGGUGACUGGGAUGGUGUUGUCAACGAACUCAAUUUUGUCGGUUUGAAAACCAUCACCAACGACGAAUGUAAGGCCAUUUACGGCGAGCAAACCAUCACUGAUGGUAUGGUUUGUACAGUUGGUGAGACGAAUGAAGGGACUUGUAACGGAGACAGUGGAGGUCCUUUGGUGACCGGAAGUGGAGAUAAAGCAGUUCAUGUAGGUAUUGUAAGUUGGGCAAGUGCAAGUGGGUGUGAAACAAACCAUCCUUCGGGUUAUACGAGGACUGCUAAGUACUAUGAUUGGAUUAAAAGUGUGGUGGCCUAAUCAAACUAGCACAGUUUGAGAAAUUCGAGUUAGAUUUAUAAUUUGGUUGUAUUAAAAUAAAAAUAAACGUAACAAAUAUGUG